AUGCAACAUAUAGAGAAACGAAGUAACUACCCCGCCCACGUUAACGGAUGCCCCUCUAAACGGCGUUUCCGUGCCGGGCUGGAUGGGGGAAUGAUCGCCAUGGGCGUGCCUCCACCAGUGCAUGAGGGGAUCUCCAGGGGGUUAGGUAUAAACGGCACUAGGGGCCAUAGGUAGUUUACUAGGAUGUAACGUCUGACAUGGGGCUCUGCCCCGAUGGACUAUAAACUUGACCCCAAAAAAAAAAAAAAAAAAAAA